AUGGCAGCUUGCUUCAUGUUGCCAGGAAAUUGGAGAAGUGUGAAAGAGAUGAUAAUGUUGCUACUUGAGGAGAGCGGGGCCGACGUAGUGAUUACCAAAGAGAUGAUGAAAUCAGCGUCGACAUCCCGCCAAGAAAUCAUUUUGAAGGUUCUCGAGCAUCAUUUUAAUAUCGCAAUCCCAAAGGAGAAACAGCUCAUCGCAGAGUUUUACAACGCGGCGAAGUCGGGAAAUAAUGAUAAGAUCCGAAGCCUUUUGGUAAAAAAAGUCAAACCAGAUGCUCAAAGCCCUAACUCCUAUACACCUGUAAUUAGGAAUAUUGGUAGCACUAAAGUUAAAGCUUUAAUAUCCUGUGGUGCAGAGGUUGUUCAAACCGAUUUGGAUUCAUUAGAUAUCCUUUCGUUGGUCUUCGAGGAUGUGUAUGCUAUCUUUGUUAUUAGUGACUUCUGGGGCUUAUAUGAUAGUCCUACCAACCAAGGUAAGGUUGUAAAGGGUCAAUCCUUUAAUGUUUGGGCUGUCAAUUAUGAGAUUGAGCAAUUAAAGCAAAUUAUCGAUGCUACUAUAAGAAUUCCUACUUUAAAGCACUUCAUCUUAUCUUCGCUUUUCAAUACAACCAAAUGA